CAGCAGCUUCCUGAUUCCUCCUCUUGUAACCCUCUUUUCCAUUUUCUAUUUUCUGUUUUUUUCAACCGAAGCUUUGAUGUGGAAUCCAGGACGUGCCAAGCAAUCCUGUUAAUUUUUUCCAAAUUGGCAAGGGUUCUGUUGUAGGGAUAAUCAGAUUUGACCUUGACCAUGCGGAAACACUUGUGUCUGUACUCGGCAAAGCUGCUGUGGCUGCUGAUGCUGGCGGGGCCAAUGUGUGAGUCGAAAGUCUCCAACGUAUUUCUCAACUCGUACUACCACUGCGGCCACGACAAGACCUACGAGGUAAACCCCAACAGUGGCUACCUGGUCAUGCCAGACGUUAGUCCAGACAGCAGAACACACACGUUCAGGGACUGCGAGGUGACCUUUCACUCUGCCAGACAAACUGGCAACCUUUGUGUGUCCCAGGAGGGCUCGCUUAGUCGAAUUAUGGAUUCCAAUGCUGAGCUUAGUGUUUACGAUGGCUACGGGGAUGACAAACCCAAGGUUUUUACGCUGGGGUAUUAUCCGGACGAGUGGGCGUACCGUGAGGUUUGCACCAAUUCUCCGUACCUCCACUUCUACAUCCGAAGGAAAGACAAAACGGUCAACGUAAAUGUCAGGAAUAUGAAGCUGUUGUUCAAAGUACUCGACAUUGAAAGUAAAGACCGCACUCUUUACUUUGAUGAACAAUAUUGCGACGGGAACUACAAGCUGAAGAAGAGUUGGGUAAAUGUUUUGAACAGACUUCCGCCUUCAAGCACAGGUGAAGGAAGAGAAGCCAAGGAAAUUUGUGGGUUCGAGCUGGACAAAGAACCGAGAGACGGGCGGCGCUUCUGUGUGGUGUACGUGCCUCUGGAGAAUUUCGACUGCUCAAGUGGCUGGGAACUUUCAGUUUCGAGCAAACCACGUUCUCUGAAGAGGCAAUUCUUCGUGUUUAGCCUGAGCUGUAGCGAGAGUCGUGCUCGGAAAACGCAGGUUUGGUGCGGGAGCAACUCGACUGACUCGUACAGUCUGAUCAUGCAGAGGAAGGUCAAGGGCGACUCUGUCGUGGAACCAGCGAGGAUGUUCCGCCUCAUUGUCACGGAUUAUGACGGCUCGGUGGAAAGUCUUAGGGCGAAGGUGGAGGCUGAACUGAGGAAGGGACGCCACGAGUCGGAAGGAUUGGGUACGGUGUACAUCGCCCUCAUCAUUGCCUUAGUAGUAGGGGGGUUGGUCUUACUGGCAGCAAUUGUCUACAAAGUCCGGCACAAGAUGCCGUGGUACCAUGCGGUCCACAACCCUGGCUCGGAGAAAGAGGAUGUGUGAUGUGUUGACUCAUGACUGGAUUUCCUUGAUUCUCAUGCACAGGAGUUUCUGUGUACCUGAAUGGAUUUCUUUGACUUUCAUGCACAGGAGUUUCUGUGUAGAUCUUGUUCAGUCACCUUAAGUCACAUGUUUACUGUUAUUGUUAUUCCCCAGGGAGUUUUUCUGUUUCAACAAUAUGUGGAGGGUUUCACGACACUCCCCAUGAUGAGUCCCCCGGCACACGACCUCAUUGAGUAGACGACAGUUCCUGCCAUGUGGGUCAGGUUUGGUCGUCGGAAAGCUUGGUUUUGCAUUCGGG